AUGUCUGAGUGUCCUGUUACUCUGAAGCUUGUGCUUGUCGGCGACGGUGGCACAGGAAAGACUACGUUUGUUAAGCGGCAUCUGACUGGGGAGUUUGAAAAGAAAUAUGUUGCAACGCUUGGAGUUGAAGUGCACCCACUGUCAUUCCACACUAAUCGUGGAGAAAUCAGGUUUAACGUGUGGGACACCGCAGGACAAGAAAAGUUUGGGGGUCUUCGUGAUGGGUAUUAUAUCCAGGGUCAGUGCGCAAUCAUCAUGUUCGAUGUGACCAGUCGAGUUACAUACAAAAAUGUCCCAAAUUGGCACCGCGAUUUAGUUCGUGUCUGCGAAAAUAUUCCUAUUGUUCUUUGCGGAAACAAAGUAGAUAUCAAGGAUCGGAAGGUCAAGGCCAAAACCAUUACUUUCCACAGAAAGAAGAACCUUCAGUAUUACGAUAUCUCUGCGAAAUCAAACUACAACUUCGAAAAGCCUUUCCUGUGGCUUGCCCGCAAAUUCUUUUGUGAUCCGAAUCUUGAAUUCGUUGCUAUGCCGGCCCUCCAACCUCCAGAUAUCCAAAUGGACCCAAAUCUGGCUCAGGCGUACGAGCAAGAACUUCAGAUGGCCGCUCAGGCCCCUCUCCCGGAUGAAGGAGACGAAGAUUUGUAA